AUGCCUGAGGAACUAGGUGAUCCCUCAACCCCCCACAUAUCGAAAGGCGGAAGACCCUCGACUCGGGACCUUCCUCUGGUCACGCGCCUUUCGUGCAGCCCAUCCUCGUACCUACGCCCCCCAAUGGCCUCCGAGCGAGCGAUCGAUCGGGAAGAGCGACAGGGCCUUCGUGCCAUUCGCGAUUUCCUUAAGGCCCGAAACUCCUACGAUGUCCUGCCGCUCAGCUUCCGACUCAUCAUCUUCGAUACGUCGCUUUCCGUCAAGGAGAGUCUGAACAUUCUGAUUCAAAACGGCAUCGUUUCAGCUCCGUUGUGGGACUCCAAAGCGUCCAAAUUCGCAGGUCUUCUAACCACUUCCGACUACAUCAAUGUCAUCCAAUACUAUUUCCAAAACCCCGCGGCGCUGGAUCAGAUCGAUCAAUUCCGCCUGGACAGUUUGCGAGAGGUUGAAAAGGCGCUAGGCGUCGCGCCGCCGGAGACUGUCUCUAUCGACCCCGAGCGCCCUCUCUACGAUGCUUGUCGGCGCAUGCUAGAAUCGCGCGCCCGCCGUAUCCCCCUCGUCACCAGCGAUAGCCAGACCGAGCGGCCCCACGUUCUCAGCGUCAUCACGCAAUACCGUAUCUUGAAAUUCGUCGCCGUCAAUGUCCCCGAUACGCAGCAGCUCCGUCGUCCACUGGGCGAGCUCUUGCUUGGAUCGUAUGAUAACGUCGCCACGGCUUCGAUGGAUACCCCGGUUAUUGAUGUCAUCCAUAUUUUGGUCGAGCGCAGCAUAUCCAGUGUGCCGAUCGUGAAUUCGGAAGGCGUGGUGUAUAAUGUAUUCGAGUCGGUCGAUGUCAUUACUCUGAUCAAGGGUGGUUUCUACGAUGACUUGAGUCUCACGGUUGGGGAAGCAUUGAAGAAACGUUCGCCGGGUUUCCCGGGUAUCUACACAUGUUCAUUGAAUGAUGGACUGGAUACUAUCUUUGAUACUAUCCGCAAAUCUCGAGUGCACCGUCUCGUCGUCGUAGAUGAGCACUUCAAGCUCAAGGGCGUUUUGACUCUGAGUGAUAUCCUGCACUACAUUCUUCUCGAAGGAGAGAAUGAAGAAGCAUGA